UAUCAAAUAAAAAAAAUUGUUUAAUUAACAUAGUCAUCUAAUUAUUCAAAAGUCAUGACAAAAUUCUUGUGUUCGUAUCUGUUCAUCUCCAUGUUUGUUCUCUCAGCUUUUUUGGCUUUGCCAAAUGCACAGAAAAUAUGCAGGGUGAAUCCGAACCUUAGGAAGGCAUGCAGUUUUCAAGAAUGCACACCGCUUUGUCUUCAAAAGUACAACAUGGAUGGCAUUUGUAUCGGAAAUAAAAAGAAUAUUUGCACUUGCAUUUACGAUUGUUAAAUUAGAAUGUUGCUAAACUAGACCCAAAAUCUUAUUAUAUGGGGCGUUAAUGACCUUAACUCCAUGUAUUUGGAGGAUAUGGUCAUAUCAUAUUUGAAUAAACUUUUUUUUAUAUAGUAUAUCUGAUUUUGAAUGAAAAUCAAAUUUCAUGUGAUUGCCUGGGAAGAAGCUAGGUGUAUUUGCUAAUUUUUGGAGGUUUAAUAUUCGGCUUGGCUUGAUAUUUGAUAGGCAAGAAGUUAUUUUAAAAUUGUGUGAACCGGGGUUUAUAAAACCGGAAAACUGAACCAAACCAAACCAUAAAACCGGUUUAUGACCCCGGAAACAAAACCGCGACAAAAAAAACAUAGAACCAAAGUAACACUCUGUCUGAAUUGGUAACGUCAUCAAGGUUUCAUCCUUUACGCUCCGCCGUACCAAUGGCGAGCAUCAUCAGAAGGCCGUCAAACUUGACGGCAGCCGUCGUCCGGUUUCGACUUGCUCCGUUAUUACCGUUCUCCGGAAGUUCUGGUUCCGUUAACUCGGACACGACUCGUUGCUCCGAGUUAGUCCGAGUGCCGAGUUUAGUCGAAGGCUGCGACUACAAGCACUGGCUGGUGCUCAUGAAGCCUCCCAACGGAUACCCACCUCGAAACGACAUCGUACAAGGCUUUAUCAAAACGCUAGCCAUGGCUCUAGGGAGCGAAGAAGAAGCUAAGAAAUCGAUAUACUCUGUUUCAACAAAGUACUACUAUGCAUUUGGCUGCAGGGUUCAUGAGCAUUUGACUUACAAGAUAAGAUCUCUGCCUGAUGUUAGAUGGGUUCUACCAGAUUCGUUUAUAGUGGAUGGUGGUGACAGUGGAUAUGGAGGUUUCAUUUGCUGCUGCUUAAGUUUUGCUUCUUUGGGGGACAAGAUGUUGUAGUUGUAUAUGUUUACUGUUUAGUAGUACCUGCCGUACUAUUUGUUUCUUAGUUAUGGAUCUUGUAUUGUAGGAGAGCCGUUCGUUGAUGGGGAGGUUGUCCCAUACGAUGAGAAGUACCAUGCGGACUGGCUACGAGAUCAAACCGAUGAGGAUGCUAAAAACCGACUAGUCAAAAAGAAGCCUAGGAGAAAAAUAAAUAAGAAGUUGAACUAACUUUGGUAGAUUUGGAGGUCUUUUUGCUUCAGUGUGGCGUUACUCAAGCCUGAGGGUUUUUUUUUUUGGAAUGUGUCUUCUAGUGUUACUACCAUUAGCUAUUGUAAAGAAUCAUAUGUAUAAUGGUAGAGGGACAUAUAUUGUGUAGUUUCCACAUCA